UGAAGAACUGUGAGGUGACGUAAAGCACAGAGAUGCGCGAUAACAGUGGUGCUGACACGCAGAAGCCGGAGGUGAAGUGUGUCGCGUUUUUGUUUAUUUUGUAUUUUCUUUAAAGUUUAAGGUUGUCGUUAUUUUGGUUUUAGAAGUUAUUUUAGUCCCUGGAUGCUUUCUCUCUGAUUUGUCUUGGUUGGGCCUUCAUUGCUUCGUGUACCUCGUCUCAAGCGUCGCUGUUUUGAGUCGACAGUGUUUGACAGUCGCUCUCACGGUGAGCCAAGUAGCGUUUGGUUAGCCCUCGAGCUAGUUAGCCCUCUAGUUCGCUAUUUAUUGCUAGCUACCAUUAUUAGUAACGGGUAUACCAUUCGGAGGGUGGUUGACAAGAGGUAGCUAACGUUAACGAGCAAGCCGCAUAUCUGCAUUUCGUCAAUGGGCUCAUGAUAACCCAUGCUCGUGUCAUCGAUUGUGUUGUAGCUAACGUUAGCUAGUUGAAUGAGCAGCUGUGAGCUGACACCUGGUUGACAGCUACAGACAGAAGAAAAGGCUAACUUGCUUACUGCGUAUUGUUGUCAGUGUGAGCUGUCCAUUUAAACAUUCGGGAACUCGGCACUGCACCAGCAGCUGCUACCCACGCUCACGUUAGCCUGUCUGUGUACAAGCAGUAGGCAGGGUUAGCUGCCUUUCGACUCGAAACAACUCGUCAAAGAAGAAGCUUUCAUCUAGAGAAGACUCACUCUUAACGCGGUCCUGGCUGGAGGAGCUCUCAUCAACAUGCUGCUGCACUGAGACACACGCGCGGAUAUACUGACGGACGGACGGAUAGACCCACUCACCUGGUGUCUCUCGUCUCGGCUGUUUUCUCCCCCCCCCCCCUCUAUAUGGAACGUGCUAUGGAAUACCCUCGCCCAGCGGAGCGGCACAGUCCUCCUCUGUAGAGCCCUCUCCUGGGAACACACUCCAUAAGGAAUCAGCGCAGAACAGCUGACCUCCUAGUCAGUCUCUGAGUCCCUCCUACCCCCCUCUUGAGAGGAUGUCCGUGAGCCUGGCUGGGGAGGACAUCCAGGCGGAGGGGGAUAUUGGAAGUAGUGGAGCGUUCGAUGAUGACUUGAUGAUGAAGCUCUCCCCAUCCCCUGAACCUUGCCAGGGACAGGAGGGUGCUGGGGGCACCGGGGAGGGCAUGGAGGCGGAGGAGAGCGCCACACAGGACUCACAGAGGCGUACUCAGAACCACAGCCAUGGCAGGAAAAGGGCCAGGUCCAAUGCCAAGCUGAAGCUGGUGAGGAGCCUGGCGGUGUGUGAGGAGUCAUCAGGUCCGUUCUGUCCUGACGGACCUCCAGACAUUAUCCAGCUCCACAUCAGCUGUCCCUCAGACAAGGAGGAGGAGAAGUCUUCUAAGGAUGACUAUGAGAACGAGGAUGAGAAGGAGAAGAAGGACAGGACUCCACGCAAGAUGUUGUCACGAGACUCCAGCCAGGAGUACACAGACUCCACCGGCAUCGACGUGCACGACUUCCUGGUCAACACACUGAAAAACAACCCCAGGGAUCGAAUGAUGCUGCUGAAACUAGAACAAGAUAUCCUGGAGUUCAUUAAUGAUGACAAUAACCAGUACAAGAAGUUCCCCCAGAUGACAUCGUACCACCGCAUGCUGCUGCACCGUGUAGCGGCCUACUUUGGCAUGGACCACAACGUAGACCAGACUGGCAAGGCCGUCAUCAUUAACAAGACUGGCAACACACGCAUCCCAGAGCAGAGGUUCUCAGAGCACAUCAAGGAUGAGAGGAACACGGAUUUCCAGAAGAAGUUUAUCCUCAAGAGAGACGACGCCAGUAUGGACAAGGACGAUAAUCAGAUCCGCGUGCCGCUGUCGGACGGGCGGCGCAGCAAAUCGAUAGAGGAGAGGGAGGAGGAGUAUCAGAGAGUACGAGACCGGAUCUUUUCCCGAGAAUCCUCUCAAAAUGGAUACAUCAACGACAACAGACUUUCCCCUGAAGGCUACUCCUCUACCUCUCAAAAGAGGAGGCAGAUCUUUCGGGGUAACCUUGAGAGCUCCAGCCGUGCGUCCAGCAGUCGUCAGAGCAGCACUGACAGUGAUAUGAAGUGCCUGGAACCAAGACCCUGGAGCAGCACAGACUCCGAUAGUUCAAACAGGACUCUGCGGCCCCCGGUCACCAAGGCAUCCAGCUUCUCUGGCAUCUCCAUUCUGACCAGAGGAGAUAGUCUGGGCAGCAACAAGAGCUCUCAGGGCAGCUGUAGGGGAUCACGCACUGGACUCCCACUGGUGAGUCCAGACAUGUGUCCCCAGCCCCCAGUCCCCCAGCCUGGCCCCUGCCCCGGGGGUCGCAGUCUGCUGCCCUGCCCCUCCCAGGUCCAGCCCCAGCCCCCCCAGACCGCCCUACUGCCCACCCCACAGCAACACCCCAUGGGCAACUAUAACCAUAACCACAUGACUCAGCUGGUGGGGUCUCUGCAGCCCUCUCAACCUGUGUCCUACUCUUCCUCCUGUCCCCAGGUCCUCCUGCCUGUCUCUUCCCCCCAGCAGUACAUGGGUGAGGAGCUGGCUUCCCACUUCAGCCAGAUGACUCUGAGUCGACAGAGUUCCAGCGAGGCCCCGGAGCCCCCCGCCAUAUACCAGACCCAGGGGCCCACUGUCCUCACCCAACACCCCCCACCCCAGGCGGGCUAUAUCAUGGCCACCACGGCCCAGCCCCUGGCCCCUCAGUCUGGCUACCAGCCUAACACCAGACACCUCCAUCAUCCUCCUCCUCCUCCUCCUCCACCCCCUCCCUCCCAGACCAUCAUGCAGCCCCCACCACCGCCGCAGGGGUACAUGCAGCCGUCUCCCCCUCAACAGAUAUCUUACCCCAGCCCUGGGCAGCAGUACCCCAGCCCUGGUCAGCAGUACCCCAGCACAGGGCAACAGUACCCCAGCCCUGGGCAACAGUACCCCAGCCCUGGGCAGCAGUACCCCAGCCCUGGGCAGCAGUACCCCAGCCCUGGGCAGCAGUACCCCAGCACAGGGCAACAGUACCCCAGCACAGGGCAACAGUACCCCAGCACAGGGCAACAGUACCCCAGCACAGGGCAACAGUACCCCAGCACAGGGCAACAGUACCCCAGCCCUGGGCAGCAGUACCCCAGCACCGGGCAACAGUACCGGCCUGGACCCAUGUCUCACCAGGUGUCCUACCCUGCCCAGCCCAUGCCCCAGCCCAUGGCUCAGCCCACACAGCAGUCUGCAGCUCUCCAGACCAUGAUGCCCAGCCAGCAGCCCCAGUACCAGGGAAUGAUAGGAGUACCCCAGCAGCCCCAGAACCAGGCUCUCCUCACCUCCCAGGGGCAGGGCAUGCAUGGACAGGUGACGGCCAUGAUGGUCCAGUACCCACAGAUGCCCUCAUAUCAGCAGGUCCCUGUGGCCAGUGACUCUCAACAGGUGAUCCAGCACCAGCAGUACCAGCAGCAGGUCAUGGUGCCAGUCAGCCAGUCUCUACAGACUGUCCAGGGGCCCAUGCCCGUAUACUACAGCGUCAUCACCCCCACACAACAGAACAGCACAAGUCCAUCAGUAGGGUACCUGCAGCCCAGCUCAGAGCAGUACCAGAUGAGGCCAUCUACUUCUCCCUGCAACCCUCCACAGAUGCAGCAGCAAUAUUCAGGGGUGGCUCCCCCACAGCCUGGGGUGAUGGUCAUGCAGCUUAGUGUCCCCAACGGACCCCAGCCUACCCACAACCCUCCUCUGGUACAGUGGAACCCCUGCAAAUACUACAGCCUAGAGCAGAGACCCAGUAAGCCCGGAGACCUCUACAAAUCUGACAACACACAGCAGACGAGUACACAGAUGCAGAGCAGUCCCCUGUCCUCCCCUACCCAGUCUCCUACCCCUUCCCCCUCAGGCAGCGUGAGCAGUGUCUGUCCAGGCCUCGGCCCUCUGCCCCUACUGUCACAGUUCCCCCGGCCCGGACCAGGGCCCGUACAAGGUGACGGGUGCUACUCUCUGUUGGGCCAGCCUCUCCAGUACAGCCUCUGUCCCUCUCCUCUCAUCCACAGCCAGACCAAUUACAGCUCACAUCAGAGCCAAGUAGGAAUGAAGCAUGGGGCGAGAGGGAAGAGACAGACACUGAAGUCUCAAUCUACAGACCUGGGGACCACUGACGUUGUGGUGAGUCGGGUGCUGGAGGUGACAGAUCUCCCAGAGGGCAUCAGUCGCCCUGAGGCCGAGAAGCUCUUCAACCAGCUGUCCAUGAGCGGUGCGAAGAUCCAGUGGCUCAAGGACCCGGUGGUGGGGGGCCGUGGAGGCUACUGUGGCCCAGGAGGGCAUCACGGUCCUGGGGUUGGGAUGGGGCCUGGAGGGGGGAAGGGCGACGGCCGCGGCAGCGACCCGGCUCACCUCUACACGGUGGUGGCUGUGUUCCCUUCCACCAUGGCUGCACAGAGUGCUUCCUUCAAACUCAACAACAGUGGGGCGAGCCUCUUCAAACUGAGGGCCGCCAAAAAGAACUAUGACCUAAGAGUGCUGGAGAGGGCCAGCUCCCAGUGAAAAGAAAGUAGAGAAGGGACUUUUGAAAAGUAGGAGUGGUAAGGAGUUGGACUGAGGGGACUGAACAGUUUGGACGGACAGGAAAGUGGGACAAGACGUCACACGUUAAGGGGAACAGAUGAACACAGAACACAAACUGAGAAGAUGGUGUUUGCAAAAUAUGAAAAUAUAUUUUCAUUUUCAAUUGUUUUGUUUUAUAUUAUUGAUACCUAAAGAGCACAUUAGAUACGUGAGCAUGUGGAUCACUGUUGCUGUGUAUUUGUGCUAACACCCACGUCCAUGCACAGACAGGCAACAGGGUCACGUGGCGCUCCUGAACACACUGGACAGUCAACUUCAGUCCAUCCUUCCCUUCGCUCUCCUCCAGACUUCCUCCUCUUGCUCUCUAACUCUCCAGCUCUCUAAAUCUCUCACUCUCUAGCUCUCUAACUGUCUAGCUCUCUCUAACUCUCUCUCUCUAACUCUCUCUCUCUAACUCUCUAACUCUCUCUAACUCUCUCUAACUCUCUCUCUAACUCUCUAACUCUCUAGCUCUCUAGCUCUCUAGCUCUCUAGCUCUCUAACUCUCUAACUCUCUAACUCUCUAGCUCUCUAGCUCUCUAACUCUCUAACUCUCUAACUCUCUAACUCUCUAACUCUCUAGCUCUCUAGCUCUCUAGCUCUCUAGCUCUCUAACUCUCUAGCUCUCUAACUCUCUAGCUCUCUAGCUCUCUAACUCUCUAAAUCUCUAACUCUCUCUCUCUAACUCUCUAGCUCUCUAACUCUCUAGCUCUCUAACUCUCUAGCUCUCUAACUCUCUCUCUCUCUCAGGCGGACUUAUUUAAACGUUAAUAUGCACAGUUGCUCUCUUUCUUUUAUCUUUCUCUCCUACCCCAACUCUCUCUAUUUAGCCAAUUGUCUCAUACUCUGUCAUGCUCUCGUUCUCUCUGCACAUUCUCCAACUGCUCUCUCCUGCUUUCUGUUGGCCUUUAUACUGCUGUUGUGGGUUUCUGUAUAUCGCUGUUUUUCUCAGAAGAGUAUUGUUCUUUUUUGGUUCUAUAUAUAUAUUUAUAUAAGUGACGUAUGGAAUUAAAUUAAUUAUAUAUUCA